AGCUGUUUGUUUAUAGCUUCCAGGAAGAUAUUUGUUUUCCACCGAGUGUUUGGAAAUGAUCUGCCUCAACACAGUAUUUCCUGCAAAAGCGUUCACAUAAUUGUACAUAUUGCACAGCAAAAUGCAAACCUGCGUAUCGUGUAGAGUGAAAAACAAUGGCAUGAUUGCUAUUUAUCAGCAUCCAAAUGGGUUGGAUGAGAUGUUUCACUCAAUUACAGACAUAAAGGUACAACCGGAAGAAUAUCUGUGUGUGCCGUGCUAUGAUGAUUUGAAGGUAGCAUAUCGCUUCAAACAGAGAUGCAUUCAGAACACGGCACCACGGUUAUCGUCUCGGGCUAAAAAGACGACACAUGCUCCUGCAGACCAGAGCGUCAUUAGUAGUUGUACGGAUGUUUACACAACGUAUGAUAAAUCUGUUCCGGAAUCGACCAUAAAUCAAAAUAUAGAAAACAACAGCAGCAAUGGCAGGGCGAACACGUCUAAUAUUGCACCGGAAAUGUCAGAUCCUUCGCCGCUUCCCAAGAUAGAAUUAUGCAUAGAAAAUGAAACGAUACAACAGGAUGAUGUUGAAAUUAGUGAAGAACUCAUUGACCCGCUACAAGACGAGGAAGAUCAACCAUUAGCAAAUUAUAUAAUCGGGGUAAUAGAAAGCGCAACUAAUGACAAUGCACCAAAAGACAAAGUGGGUACCGAUACCGCUAAAGAACAAAUCGGCGACCAAACCAUAACUGCAGCCACCCAAGAGAGGGGCCAAUCCUCUUCUCUUCUACCGAAACUGCAUAGCCUGAUGUGUGAGUACUGUUUCAAAGAGUUUACCCUGCUGACCGACAAGAUCGAACAUACCGAGUCGCACAAAUCGGAAGCGAAACCAUUCAAAUGUGUGCAGGAAGGUUGCGGCAAAUCUUUUAAAGACCGCGUAGGUUUGCGAUCGCACGUGCGCAUCCAUUCCGCCGUAAGGCGGUUCGGCUGUCGGUACUGCCCGAGGCGAUUCCACACGCUGGGCAAUCAGGUGACGCACGAGCGAACACACAGCGGGGAGAAGCCAUUUAUCUGUCCAAAGUGUGGAAAAGGCUUCGCGGAGGUAGGCAAUCUCAAGAAUCACAUUCGCUUCCACACUGGCGAACGGCCGUACGCUUGCAAUCUGUGCGACAAAUCGUACAGAACGUACUACUCUCGCACGAUUCAUAUGCGCUCACAUACCAACGAACGACCGUAUCUGUGCGGUGACUGCGGGAAAGGGUUCUAUUCGAGCGGCAAGCUGACCAUCCAUCGCCGGACGCACACUGGCGAACGGCCCUACGAAUGUACGAGCUGUACGGCAAGGUUUUCCGCAACGUCCUCGCUUAGGCGACACAUGGUUAAUAAACACUAGAAUAAGUGGACAUAUAUUUAACUGUUGUAUCCCUCUCAAACUUAUGAAAUACGUUGGCUGUUCCCUUAAGUGUGCAACAAUUGCCAA